AAAUAGCUUCUUGUUCGUUGUCGGUUGUGUCGCUUUCCCUCAGCGGAAUAUAAUCGUGUAAUUUACACAUAAUUGACUGUAAAAGUUGCAUAUUCACCCAAGAUAUGAGAAGGAAGAAGGUAAUCGAGCAUUUGACAAUCAACAGGAAUCUUUUUAUUUGAAUCUGGAGUCGUUUUUUCAAGUGCAAUGGGUCCUUCAGGAGACGAAAUAUACCCAGAGCUCAAGGAUUUGGUGGAAGACACCAGAGAAAUAUCUGAAGACAAGUUUAACGACGUUCUUUCAAAAUUAAAAGAACUUCUAGACCUGAAGUCUUUAGGAGAUCAGAGGGAUCUGGAGGUGUGUAGACUGAGACUUUACACUCAUGGUGUGCUGCAGUACUGCUCCUCUUCUCUGAGAUUCCGUCCAGCCAGGAUUCAAGGAGGCUACGCAGCUCUCACACAGAUAGCAGACCUCCUCAGCACAUGUUGCGUUGGUCUGGCUGCUUUCAGAGACAUCGAGGUGUUCAGUCAUGAAUUUCUGCCAUCAGUGGUCGAAAGUCUUCUUUUUCUUGCAGAACGUCUCAUGAACAGAGCUCUGAGGGACAAGGCACCUAGUGAGAUGAUUCGUUUGUUUAGAAAAGUCUUUGAUUCCAUCGGCUGGCUUCUCAGGGCUCACAGGCAUCUCAUUCAUCAUGUGCUGAGAUGUAAACAUUACGAGAGUGUUCAGAUCUGUGAGGAUGAUGACGUCUCCAUUGUUACUGUCACCUUGUGGAACGAUAUCUUCAGGACAAACAGUGCCGUCUUGGCUGAGAUGGGAAACAGGGCUCUGACCGACAUCAUGGAUGAUAUUGUGUAUAAAAUGUCCAGUAGCUCAAACCCUGUGAUUGGCAGAGCAGCAGUGAAGACUCUUGUUCUGAUUUUAGACCACAGCAGCUCUACCCAACAGCUCAUUCAGAGACGAUACAGAGGUUUGUCUGAUUUGGCUGAGAAGGACUGGCGUGGUAAAGGCUUUGACUCAGCUCUGGAUCAGCUUAUUGAUCACCUGCAAUUAGAUGUCCCAUGGAAAGAACCUAAGGAGUCGUCUGAGGAGUGUGUGAGGGCAGCGUGUGUGAUUCAGGCAGCCUGGAGAGCUCAUCUGACCAGAAGAAGACUGAAGAAACUCCCCAGAGCCGUCAGCACUUUACAGCGCAGCUUCAGGGAAAAGCGGAGACAGCAGCAGGAACACACCGAGAGACGACGUGCAGAAGAGGAAUUACGCCAUCAAGUGUGUUUGAGAAGACAGAGAGCCAUGAGACUGUUCCGCCAACACCAGCUGCAUCUGAUGGAGAUUCUACCAGCCGGUCAGGUGCAGAGAUACCUGGGGGAGCUGGAGAACAAGGCAGCGCUGGUGAUUCAGAGAGUGUGGAGAGGACACAGAGAGAGACGCCACUUCCAGCAGCACAAACACAUCCUCAGACGACACAGAGCUGCUGUCACGCUGCAGAGAGCCGUUCUGCUUUUUUUAAAACGUCGUAAAGCACAGAGGAAUAUUCUUACACCACUGAAAGCACCCAAAGGACUGACAGACAGCAGAAGAACAGAGCUCAGAAAGCAGAUUCAGGAGCACAUCUCUCUACAUCCCUCAUCUGUGCAGUCAGCAGAGGGCAGCGCAGAGCUCCAUCAGAGAGCGCAGAGUCUCCUCCAUCGUCACCUGGUCAACAGAGCGUCUGAUCGGGCGCAGGAGCAGCACAGACAGGCUCUACUUGCACAGAUCAACACGGACAUAGAGCUUUUGCUGAAUGCACCGUCCCUGAGGGAUGUCAGAGAGGAGGAUGUGAAUCUGUUCCUGAGCCGUUCAUGUCCGGUAGCUACACGUGCCCGUCAAUCCCAUAAUGCCUUGCUACAGAGUAUGCGUCUGCCUUGGUGGAGGACGCUGGGAGAUGAUUUAUCCAACCCAGAGGAGCCCAGGAAAGACUACGACAUAGACAUUGAGUCACUGUAUCUCGGUGGAAGCUAAAAGAUGAUCUCAGGCUUGAUGAAGAAACUUUAUUUACUGAUAUGAAGAAGGCUUUAUUUGCAAAAGAUGUUUUGUAUCAGUGUAUUUAAAAGAACGGUACAUUUGAACAGGUUUUAUGUUAUGCCAGGGCUUCCAUCAUGAUUAAAGAGCAAGAUGAUCACAUCACAGUGACAGAACGGGUACAGUGAAGCUGAAAUCCUUUAGCCACAUUCAGAUAAAUAUUCCUGAACAGAAAAGAACUAAAGGCAUUCUAAUUUAAUAAUGUUUUAUUAAAGGGACAGUUCCCUGCCAAAAAAAGAAAGUUCUGCAUUUCUUUGAUAGUUUAAUCAUUUUCCUCCUGUGGUAAACUAAAGAAAACACUUAGAAGGUUUACAAGUUUUGGUUACCACAGACUGAGAUUUUUAUAGAUUUGGGAUGACGAAGGUAAUACUUUUUUUAGUGUGUGAACAAUCACUUUAAGUAACAGCACGAUAAUACAAGCGCCAUCCCCCACCACAAGUAAACAUCUCAGGUACACUAGCAGCCAGUUUUAAGACUCAUGUAGUAACUAAAUGUAAAAACGGUUUGGUUUUAUUUACCUUUUUUAAUUAAAUUAUAGUUUACUGAA